AUGUCACAAAGCCAUGCUCUUUCAGAUGAUCAGGUCGCGGGCGAGCUCCGCAAGAUGACCGCGUUCAUCCGACAAGAAGCCCUCGAGAAGGCCCGCGAGAUCCAGUUGAAGGCCGAUGAGGAAUUCGCUAUCGAGAAGUCUAAGCUGGUGCGACAGGAGACCGCAGCUAUCGACACCCUUUACGAGAAGAAGUUCAAGCAGGCCGCCAUGUCCCAGCAGAUCACCCGCUCCACACUCGCCAACAAGACUCGUCUCCGCGUUCUCGGUGGCCGCCAGGAGCUUUUGGAUGAGAUCUUCCAGAAUGCCCGCGAUAAGCUCUCCAAGGUCGCUGCCAACGACAAGAAGAAGUACCAGGCUACGCUCAAGGGGCUGGUCCUCGAGGGUCUGUACUAUCUGAAUGAGGAUAAGGUUGCCAUUCGCGCACGCAAGGCGGAUGUGGACACUGUCAAGAAGGCUAUUGAAGAGGCGACCAAGGAAUACAAGGACAAUGUUGGCUCGGAGGUCACCGUGACCGUCGACGAGUCGAACCCGUUGCCAGAGGGAACUGCCGGUGGUGUGGUGAUUGUCGGUGGAGAAGGUAAGAUCACAAUGAACAACACCUUCGAGGAACGUCUGCGACUACUGGAGAUCGAUGCUCUGCCCGCUGUCCGAGAAACACUGUUUGGCAAGAACCCGAACCGGAAGUUCUACGACUAA